CUGACCCGGCCUGGUCACACUGUUCUCACCUCAACUGAAAAGGCAGCCCGGAAUUAAACCCUACGAAAAUCAAAUAAUAUUAUUUCAAUUGCCAAAUUCCGGUGGCCAAUGCCAUGCCAUGUCCGUAAUUGCCAAAUAAACCGGACAGCCAUGCUGUUGGGCGUGCUACAGCAGCAACAGCAGCAGCAGCGGCGUUCGUAAGCAGCGUCAGACCGUCGCAGUCGCCGUCGCCGUCGGCGUCGCUGUCGAAGUCGCAGCCGAACCCAAAACAAAGUGAACGACGAAAAAAGGACAGUGAAAAUCCAGGAUAUUUGAACGAAUCCUGGCGACACAGCCACAGGAUGACACCCUUUGAUGACUUUGUCUAUCUGAUCAAUCACGUGCUGCUGGGCGAGGAGCCGACCAUCGAGGACUUCAUACUGCUGGUGGGCACCCUGGUGGCCUUCAUAGCCUUCAUCCUCUGGUGCUGCUUCCCCAUCCAGCCCAAGGAGCCCGGCCCGCAUCGCCAGUUCACAUGCAAAAUCAUCCAGAAUCCCAUCAAGGCCUUUGAUGCCUCCACCAGCACAGAUGAUCCGCCUGCCCAUGGUGCAGGAACAGCUGCUGGUGGUAGCUCCUCCUCCAGUUCCAAUAAUCUCCAAUAUAAUGGCAAUAGCAGCGGUUCAAGCGGUUCCAGCGGAAGUGGAAGUGGCAGCUAUAGCAAGAACGGCACGGUGGCCAUGCACAACUAUUAUGUUAAGAAUGGACACCAUUGUUGCACCUAAGAUAGGUCACUGUAAUACCCCCAUCCCCCCCCCCCCCACCACCAUCCUGCCCAGGCCCAAGGCCUAGCUGGCUGGCAAAAGUAAGGCAAACGCAGAUGAUAAAGGCUUUUUUUUUUAGCUUAGAAUCGCUUAGCGUUAACGUUUACGUUUAGGUUUAAACGUUUUACGUUAGCUUACGUUUGUUUUUUUUUUGUAUGUUUCCAAAAGCGCACAGCCAUCCAUAUGCGUAAAGGCAUAUCGAUUGGGUUUUGUGCCAAAAUUGGUAAGACAGGUUGUUAGAGGAGCAGCUGAAAGCUGCCACAAGGCAUAAGCAGGCACAUUUGAAUUGUAAUUGCUCAGACUGAUUUGUUUAAAGGGAAAGCAGGAGGAGAAAACUAUGAAAAAAAGGAGUGGAAAGGGAGUAGAAAAGAAAGAAAAAGGAGUAGAAAAUAAGGAAAAAGGAGUAGAAAAGGAGGAAAAAUGAGUAGAAAAAGUUUAAAAGGAGGGGAAAUGGAUGAAAAAG